AGAACAGAGCUGAGACCGUUGUAGCAGCAAUUACCUUAUGAAGGAAUUAGCAGUUAGCUAAAUGCAAAGGAGCAACAUGGCGAGCCAGAACUAGAAGACGGCCCAGUAUCAUUCAGGUCUGCCGCAUGGGAACAUUUCGGUUUCCCUGUAAACUAUAACGGGGAUUACCAACGAGUGGGGGAUAAAACAUCUACAACAUGUAGGCUCAGUUCAUUUUGCAGAUAGCCUAUUAGAGUGGUAAUACAAGUAACAUGACUCCUCAUUUGCGCCGACACCUCAAAGUGCCAAUCCGUGGGACUAGGCGAAACAAUGAAACGGCAAACACUUCUCCCCACAGCCUUCAGACAGCAAUAUGCGUCUGACUCCUGUAGGGCUAAAGAAAUCAACGCAGCGAUAGCAAAAUUCAUAGCAGCUUGUAUGCGACCCAUAUCCGUGGUAGAUAAUGCGGGGUUCACAAACAUGUUUAAAGUGCGCGCUUCACUAUUCCUUCCCGUACACAUUUUGCCCAGACAUUAAAGCCUGCGUUAUACAAACAAACAAAAACUUGAGAGCGAGUUGUCAGAAACGCGGUCUGUUGCUCUAACAACAGACAGUUGGACGUCUAGAGCUACAGAGAGCUGCCUUACUGUAACGGUUCAUUUCAUUACGGUAGAAUGGGGAUUACAAAGCCAUGUCUUUCAAACACGUCCCAUUGAGAGUAGUCACACCAGUGUAAACUUUUGGGGAAGAGCUAAGGGCAGUAGUUGCAGUGUGGAAGUUGGAGAGGGAUAAUGUAACGAUUCCUGUGACCACUGACAACGCAAAAAAUGUUGUAAAUGCAGUUGCACUAGCUGGAUUGGGGCAACAUAUAGGAUGCUUUGCUCACAUUAUUAAUCUAGCAUCUAAAAAAAAAUGUCAGUGGAUCCAAUCUAUCGUCUCCUAGCAAAGAUCAGGAAGGUGGUAUCCUUCUGUCAUAAAAGCACAACUGCUGCACAUGUUUUCAAGACAAAACAGGAGAUGCUGGAGCUGCCAAACUACAAACUAGUCCAAGAUGUCCCUACUAGAUGGAAUUCAAGCCAUGACAUGGUUGAGAGGUACCUUGAGCAGAAAGUUGCGGUGUAUUCUACACUGACUGAUCAAGCCGCGAGGAAGAAUGUCAAAGAUAUUGUGACCUUGUCUGAAAAUGACAGAAGACUAGCAGAGGAAGUUAUCAAAGUGUGCAAACCUCCCAAAACAGUCACAACACUGAGAUGCACUGAGAGCAUCCCAUCAGUUUCCAUGGUCCUGCCUGUGAAAACAAUGAUCCUGAAAUCAAUGGUGGCAUCUGAUGAAGAUGACCCCGCAGUAAGGGAUGUCAAGACUGCUAUCAGAGUUAACCUGGAGCCUAGAUAUGCUGACCCUGGUGUCCAAGACUUCUUACACAAGAGCACCACUUUGGACCCCCGGUUCAAGUCCCUGCAGCACCUGGAUGCUGCUGCUCGUCUGAGAGUCUACAAUGAACUCACAGCAGAGAUUGUGACCAAUACACAACAGGGUCAAGCCACAGGAGCCAACCCCUCUCCAGAGAUGGCAGACUACAGGGGUUCUACUCCAGAAAAGGAGGUGACCUCAUACAGGGAAGUGGACUGUAUUCCCCUGGAUGCUGAUCCACUUACAUGGUGGAAGACCAAAGAGUUAAUAUACCUUCAUGUUGCCAUGUUAGCAAGGUGCUACCUGGCUGAGCCUGGGACCUCUGUCCCUAGCGAGAUGGUAUUCUCCAUAGCUACCUGGCUGUGCCUGGGACCUCUGUCCCUAGCGAGAGGGUAUUCUCCACAGCUACCUGGCUGUGUCUGGGACCUCUGUCCCUAGCGAGAGGGUAUUCUCCACAGCUACCUGGCUGAGCCUGGGACCUCUGUCCCUAGCGAGAUGGUAUUCUCCACAGCUACCUGGCUGAGCCUGGGACCUCUGUCCCUAGCGAGAGGGUAUUCUCCACAGCUACCUGGCUGAGCCUGGGACCUCUGUCCCUAGCGAGAUGGUAUUCUCCACAGCGGCUGACAUUGUCACAGCUACCUGGCUGAGCCUGGGACCUCUGUCCCUAGCGAGAUGGUAUUCUCCACAGCGGCUGACAUUUAUACAGCUACCUGGCUGAGCCUGGGACCUCUGUCCCUAGCGAGAGGGUAUUCUCCACAGCUACCUGGCUGAGCCUGGGACCUCUGUCCCUAGCGAGAGGGUAUUCUCCACAGCUACCUGGCUGAGCCUGGGACCUCUGUCCCUAGCGAGAGGGUAUUCUCCACAGCUACCUGGCUGAGCCUGGGACCUCUGUCCCUAGAGAGAGGGUAUUCUCCACAGCGGCUGACAUUGUCACAGUAAGCCGAUCUGUGCUCACUGCAGAUCAUGUGGAAAGACUAAUCUUCUUAAAGAAAAACUUGAAAAUCUGAUUACAUUUCAUUUUUUUUCAAGUAAUCAGUCUCAAGUGGUCCUAUUUUGUUUAAGGCACUGCUAUGUAACUUAAUAUUGAUAUAUGCUGCUGGACUAUGCACUGUUGUUGAAGUUCUGUUUUAAAUGACUAUUUUUUUUCCUGUUAUAAGACAGGCACUGUUGUUUUUUGUUGUCCCUUUGUUUCCAUAUGCUCCUGAGAAUUCAAGCUACCCUGUUUACUAUUAUAAUACAUGGAAAAUCUAAAUACAAAUUACAUAUUUCUCAGGCAUUUAUUUUGUCGAUGUAUCGAAACCGUACCGAACUGUGAGUUUUGUGAACCAUUUCACCCCUACUGUUUACAGUAUUUUUGAAAUACUUCCUGAAAUAAACAAAAUGCAAUGAUGUAAAUAUUUAUAUUUAGUCCAUUGGGACUUUUUCUCCGGCCCAUCUGAGUACAUGAAAAGUUUUGUAAAAUGCACUCAAACAGGGCCUAAAAUUCACUUUUUGGUCCACCAGCCACUGUGUUAGGUAGAUUUUAAAAAUCUACCAGCCACUCAGAUUUUUUACCAGCCAAAAUAAAAAUGUUUUCAACAAUAAUUGCACCAAUAAAACAAGAACACG